CACACACAUACAGCACACCUGAUCGAUGCGAAUUGAGAUGACGGACACAGUCGAUCUCAAGUUAAGUUUCUUUUUUCCACAUUGUCGACAUAAUCAAAUCGCUGUUGUGGUCGUCAUUUUCGUCGUUUUUAGUUUUUAUCAAGCAUGGUGUUGUUAGUCGUGUGUGCGCGCGCGCGCCUCAAUGUUUACACAUAAAAGAGUGAGUGAGUUAGUGAGUGAGUGGAAGUAUGCCAAACGAGAGUGAAGCGAGUGUGUCAUACAUUUAAAGAUUACUCGCAUACAAUACAUAAGGAUAGCCAAAGAAGAAGAAGAAGAAGAAGAAAACGAGAUAUAACCAUCUGAUACGCGCGCGCAAGCUAAAUAUACACAAAGUAUGCAAAAGCGUACAAAAAAGAGACGUCUUAACCGAGAGAGAGAGAGAAAAAAAACAGCAUAUACGAGGAGAUAAUUAGUGGUAAAGCGACGCCAAAAUGAUCAUAAUAACAAAGACGUCCAAAGCUGCGGCACGUUCAGUAUCACUAGAGCAGAUAACAGCAGCAGCAAUGGCAAUCGUGCGAAACGCUCGCCUCGGAUUUAUUCAAAAUAAUAAUAAUCGUUGGCGGUGUCACAAAUGUUGCACAUCGGCCACAGCCAAAAUUAAUAGUUAUACAAAUAGUUUAGGUAAACGAAAUACGGAGAAUUUCCCGAGCCGUUGUAGCCAUCAUUUUGGAUAUUCAUUUCGUCAGUUUAUUACAAUCGGGCUAAUUGGGAUCGUAUUGUUUGUGAAUUGCCCAAUAUUUGUGGUGACCGCUGCAAAAAAUUCCAUCCGAUCGAUUGCUAACAAUGACGGCAACGAUCCCUAUCGCAUCCAUAGUAAUUGGUUUGAAUUUCAACGGCAAUCAUUAAAUCAACGAUCACAGUCGAUACAGGCACAGCCACAAGAAUUGGGCAACAUCUUUUCACAGCUCGGAAUUUUCAUUCAAUCCAGACAACGUAAUGCCACCGAAUUAGCCGGAAAUAUCUUUUUCAAAUACUACAAUACCGAAGGAGAUUUACUGUAUGAAUCAAAUUUUAGUAAGCCGCAAGAUUUGUUAGUUGGGCAAUGCCAUCGGAACGGUCGAUUUGCAAUUUUAAUGCACGGCUGGCGUGAAUCAUGCAACACAACAUGGAUGAAGCAGUUAAUUAAAAAAUUGGGCACAUAUCGCGGUGGAUGCUUGAUAUGCAUGGACUACAGCCAAUAUGCAGCCGAGAGUUACGUUCGUUUGGUGCGUGUAUUCGAUCCAAUGGCACAAGUGUUGACACUGCAACUGCAUUUGCUGGAUUACAUGGGAUUCGACAUGAAUAAUGGCUAUUUGUUUGGAUUCAGCUAUGGCGGUCAGCUGGCCACCGAAGCCGGCCGACGCUUCGGUUACAAACGGCUCAAAGAAAUCGACACAUGCGACAUGGCUGGACCUGGGUUCGAUCACCGAUCCACCCAACCAGAUCACCGCGAUGCGGCACAGAACGUUCAAUGCAUUCACACGAGUCGAGACAAGGGAACCCGAUUCUAUAAUUGUCAUCAAGAUUGGCGACUGGGAAAUUGCGGCCUCACACAAGUUGCAUCGAAUAGUCCUCCAUUGGGUUCUCACGGAUUGUGCCCAUACAUGUAUGUGAAUGCCUUCGAUCAUGAUUUUUAUGCGAUCGACAAACCAUCCGAUUGUGUUUCGAAGCAUAUGGCCAAAUUUUGGCCGCAGAGUUUCAAAAUGGGCUACAUGGAAAAUCGUAAAUGGCAAGUGUCCGGUGAGUUAUUUGCCCAAACGAGUCGAUUCCAUCCGUUCAAUAUAAUUGGCAACAUUAAUAGUACAGAUCGCGGACCGGAGAGUUCAAACAGCAUUUCAAAAGAGGUGUAUCAACGCGAUGUAUCAUCAUCAGUGCCCGAGGUGUUGCAUCCAAAUAGCAAUGCCCUGCAGCGGCUUAAAGAGCGAAUUUUAAAGUACAUUUUCCAGGAUCAUAUCUUCAAUUAAGCGUAUAAAGAUAGAUAAAUAAGAUAAGUGGUUUUACCUUCUCUCCGUUUCGAUCGAAAUCGGGGAGUGGGAUCUACAAAAAAAAUAAAAACAGAAGGAGCGCAAACAGAAAAAAGUGAACGAUGAGACGUGUUGUUUUUUGUUGUUGUUUUUUUUUUGUUAUCUUCGGCUGAUUGAUGAAUCUGAUGAGCCAAUCGCUGGGAAUUUUUUGUUUUCCAUUGUUGAAUCACUUGUUUUAUAUGAAUAGUAGUUCUUUAGAUGAGAAAAAAAAAUUAUUGUUGUUGUUACCUAUUAAAAAACCAGAGUAUUUAAUAAAGAUGUAGUUAAUUUGAUAGAAAAAAAAAA